CCCCGGCGAGCGGUGGGGCGGAGAAACGGCGGCGAAGGCAGCAGCAGCGGCUGUAACAGUGGACACCCUCCCGUCUCCUCUCCGGCAAACGGUUCCUCUUUCCCUUCCCUCUCACUGUUUGUUGUGUGUUUGAUGUGUUAAAGCAGGAGCGAGCAGCGCCAUGAGCAACACUACCGUCGUCCCCAGCACUGCGGGCCCGGGCCCCAGCGGCGGGCCGGGUGGCGGAGGCGGCGGCGGCGGCGGCGGAGGCACCGAGGUAAUCCAGGUGACUAAUGUCUCCCCGAGCGCUAGCUCUGAGCAGAUGCGGACCCUCUUCGGUUUCCUAGGCAAGAUCGACGAACUGCGCCUCUUCCCGCCGGAUGAUUCACCUUUGCCAGUCUCAUCCCGUGUCUGCUUUGUUAAAUUCCAUGAUCCAGACUCAGCAGUUGUGGCACAGCAUCUGACAAACACUGUAUUCGUUGACAGAGCAUUGAUAGUCGUACCAUAUGCAGAAGGAGUUAUUCCUGAUGAGACUAAGGCUUUGUCUCUGUUGGCACCAGCUAAUGCAGUGGCAGGUCUUCUGCCUGGUGGUGGACUCCUGCCUACUCCUAACCCACUUACCCAGAUUGGCGCUGUUCCAUUGGCUGCUUUGGGAGCUCCUACUCUUGAUCCUGCCCUUGCUGCACUUGGGCUUCCUGGAGCAAACUUGAACUCUCAGUCUCUUGCUGCAGAUCAGCUGCUGAAGCUUAUGAGUACUGUUGAUCCCAAGUUGAAUCAUGUAGCUGCUGGUCUUGUUUCACCGAGUCUGAAAUCAGAUACUUCUAGUAAAGAAAUAGAGGAAGCCAUGAAGAGAGUACGAGAAGCACAGUCCCUAAUAUCUGCUGCCAUAGAACCAGAUAAAAAAGAAGAAAAACGAAGGCACUCAAGGUCAAGAUCACGCUCUAGGAGGAGGAGGACUCCUUCAUCUUCCAGACACAGGCGGUCAAGAAGCAGAUCUAGAAGGAGGUCACAUUCUAAGUCAAGGAGUAGGCGACGAUCCAAAAGUCCCAGACGGAGAAGAUCUCAUUCCAGAGAGAGAGGUAGAAGGUCAAGGAGCACAUCCAAAAACAGAGACAAAAAGAAAGAAGACAAAGAAAAGAAACGUUCCAAAACACCACCAAAAAGUUACAGCACAGCCAGACGGUCCAGAAGUGCAAGCAGAGAGAGACGACGUCGACGAAGCAGGAGUGGCACAAGAUCUCCUAAAAAGCCCAGGUCUCCGAAAAGAAAAUUGUCUCGCUCACCGUCCCCUAGGAGAACAUUUUACUGUUAUCCUAGGCAUAAAAAGGAGAAGAAGAAAGAUAAAGACAAAGAAAGAGGCAGAGAUGAACGAGAACGAUCAACAAGCAAGAAGAAGAAAAGUAAAGAUAAAGAAAAGGAUCGAGAAAGAAAAUCUGAGAGUGAUAAAGAUGUAAAACAGGUUACACGGGAUUAUGAUGAAGAGGAACAGGGGUAUGACAGCGAGAAAGAGAAAAAAGAGGAGAAGAAACCAACAGAACCAGUUUCCCCCAAAACAAAAGAAUGUUCUGUGGAAAAGGGAACUGGUGAUCCCCUGAGAGAAUCCAAAGUGAAUGGUGAUGAUCAUCAUGAAGAAGACAUGGAUAUGAGUGACUGAAUAUGGCCUCCAUGAGAAUCCACCUGUAUACAUGCAUCAGUGUCAUUCCUUUGUGUGAUUUCUUCAUGCUGUAUUUGUUCAUCUCAGACCUUAGAUGUAUACAGCUCUGAGCUAUAAAUGGUUAUAAAGCUCCUGAUAUUGAUAUUAUUUACAUCCAAAAGUUUUUAGAAAAUGCUAUGUGGGUAACCAAUUCUUGGUGUGGUGAAAUCUGAUUGGGAAACCAAGCAGCUUGACUAUUCUGGCGCUGCUUCAUAACAGUGAAAAGCUGCAUGCAUCUACAGCAGGCAUGGGUUGUUUAUGUUGUAUAAUCUCCUUUAUUAAGUAAGUUCACUUAUAGUAUUUCUAGAAUUUGAUUCAUUGCCGUAAUAGAGCCAUGUAGGGAAUGCACUGAUUGCAUGUUAAUUGUGGCAGGAAUAUCCUCAUUGUCAUUAAAAUCUUCCAACAUGAUGGAUCUACUUAUGGUCUUGUUUGUUCACAUGACAAAUUAACAUUCUUAUAGAUACAUCUGGAAAUAAGCAUUUGAAAUAGAUAAUCCUCUAAGCCUUGUGGCUGAAAUUUUGUGGCUUUUGUUUAACUGAAAGGUUAUAUAUGCACUAACCUUUUUUGAUGGCUGCUUAGGCUUUAAUUACAGAAACAAGAUUUCAAAUGAAACUGUCUUUGGCAGUGAGUAAAUAGCAUAUUUUGAAGUAGAGUUGUAUACUUUUUCAUAAGGUGUUCGGGAAUUUUUUUCCCUGAAAUAAUUUAUUCCACACCUAUAUCAUUGAAAGCUAUCUGCCUAUCCUGAGUCCAUCUGUAAAAGAGUUAUCUCGUCCUAAUUUUCAAUUUUUCACUUUCAUUAAUUUGUUUUAAUCUAAGUGUUGGAAAAGGGGUAGUGCAUUUUAAAUUGACCAUAUGCUUUUAAAGUGAGACAAAUGUACUUGAUAAUGUACUUUUUAUUUGAUCUCAAGUUGUAUAAAACCAAUAAAUUUUUGUUACUCUUACUGCAGUAGUAAUCUUAUGCUCACAGUGAUUCCAUGUUAAAUGCAAAGUAGUUUAGGCAACUGUUUUCUUAGUUACAGGAGUUUCCAGCUUCACUUUUGUGCAGUAAAAACAAAAGUAGGCUACAGUCUGUGCCAUGUUGAUGUACAGUUUCUGAAAUUGUUUUACAAGACUUUGAUAAUAAAACCCUUAAACCUA